CAAAAAAUGAAAUUCUGAAAACUCUUGUUCGCAGCUCACGGAUCGCACGCAAAAGACGCGAAAUGGGUGGUGAAAGAGAUGUAUCACCCAAUAGGGAGCGACAUCGAAGGAGGCAUUCAAGUUCCUCUUCUUCUAGUUCCCGAGAUUUAAACCGCAGAGAUCGCCAAGAAAAGCCAAGAAGUGUCUCUCCCACAAUGAGGCGAGAUCGAGAGCGGCAGAGUCGUAAACGCGAUAGAGGGCGAUCCAGCAGUAGCAGUGCAUCGUCUUCGAGUCGUGGGCGAAGCAAACAUAGGAAGAAGCACAAACGGCGUCAUUCAUCGAGUCGUUCCUCAUCAUCAUCGUCAUCAUCGGCAUCAUCUUCUUCCUCUUCCAGUAGAUCUUCAUCAAGCUCCUCAAGUGUCAGUUCAUCAUCCAGUCGAGAGAGAAAAAGACACAAAAAGAAGAGGAGGAAAGAACCCAAGUCAAAAAGGAGACACAAGAAGAGUCACAAAAAGAAGUCGAAGGGAAAGAAGAAGACUGAGGACAAGUCCCCAUCAGGACCAGUGCCGCUCUCCAAGUUCAUCAAGGAUAAAAAGAAGCAGGACGGCAAAAGGAGUAUAAUCUCGGGGAAGAAGAUCAAGAUGAAAGUCAAGAAAUCCAGCAAAGACAAAGAGCGUGAUCUGAAUAGACGCGAGCUGCUCAACUUUUUGAAUUCCACAAUGUAACACACGAAAAGCGGACGACUUAGCGACCAUGGCAACAUGUGCUGACCUCCGAAUUCUGAAGUGACUGGCUGGCUUAACGGAGAUUACUCCAGUUUGCAAAGCUGUGUAACUCUUCAUUAUAAGACAAUAGAACAUAAAUGCUGCAGGAGUGUGGUUUGUUCUGCAGACCUGUGGAAUCUCUGCUUAUUCAGUGGAUGGUACUAGUGUUAGCAAUUCAUCAGAGCCAGUGUUUGAAGGACAGGUACAUGCACGCCCUGGUUCUAGAGCAGAUGACGAGGAGAACGGCGCAACCAAUUUUUAUCUGAAUGUAACACCUGUAGCAUAAUUGAAGACAAAUGUGAUCAAUCGUGGGCCCAAAGAGGCAAUGGCACUGAAAUGGACUUGAGUGUAUCACUAUCGCUCAUAUAUGAGACUUGUUCUGUCGAAAACACUCUUCCAGGCAACUAGCUGAACACGGGUUGAUUAAGUGUUGCGAAGAUACAGCUCUGCCCUCACACAAUGACACUUUCAUUUUUCAAAACAGAGGUUUGUGAAUUGUGAUGUCGCAAAAGUGGCAGUAGAAACAUUGCCUGUUAAGAGUUUCUU